ACACUGCAACCAGAGAUGCAACAUUAGACGAACUUUCGAAUAUCUUGUAAUCAAGAACUACAACAAAAAAUGGUGGCUAAAAAAAAACCUAAGAAUGCCUUCAUUUUAUUUGUCAACGAUUGGCGCAAACGUCAGUCAACGACUUUAACAUGGGAGGCAUCCAUAUCCCAAGCAGGCCUCGACUGGGUUAAAAUGAGUGAUGGAGAGAAAUUGCCAUAUAAAAUGGCAGCAACCCGCGGCAACCAAGCGAUCAAGGCAACAGUUGCUCAAUGCCAAUCCAGUCCCAUCAAGCAGGCCCAGCAGCCAACGUUGUUAACCCCGGAAGAGGAGGAGCAACUGAAGGCCAAACGACACAUUGACAAAAUGGUUAACGACAGUGUGGAGUCAAUUGAACUGGAGACAACGUUGUAUUGCUUCGUUAUGGUUAAUUAUUUUGCCAAGGCACCCAAUACGGAUAUGUAUCAACCAGCUGAGCUGGCCAUUGCGGAAUUCUCCUUGCAAGAGGGUGUACGUCGUCUCUAUCAUAAACUGAUCAAUCCAGGUUGCAGUGUCUAUGGAACGGAAUAUGUGACCAAAUCUCAUGCCAAGGAAACCCAUCAAUUGCCCAUUCCACCGAAUGCCCUGGGCGAGGAUAAUCUGGAGGGAUUGUUUAGGGAUAUCCUACAAUUUCUGGAACACAAAAAUGAAUAUCGACCAAUCUUUACAACCACAGAGCAAAUACCAAUCGUUAGCAGCGCUCUCAAGUAUUUGAAUGGUGGCAGUCAUGAGCUGAAAGUCUAUUCAAUUGAAUAUUUAUAUUAUGUCCUAAAGAAAUCCAGUUGCCAGAUAUCCGGCACGCCAUUGCCAAAGAGUCUAUAUGAUACAAAUCGCAUAUUCGAACGUGAUCUGUAUGAGCAUGAAGCGAAUAUAAGUUGCGAUUAUCAUGAGAAACGUGAUCUAUCGAAAUAUUGUGCCAAAUCCUGUGUGACACGCUGGGGAUUCAUGUUUGCCAAUUACAUGUGCAACGAUUUGGCCAUUACAAUGCUACCAAAUAGACACCAGCCAGAAAUAAUGCCAAUUCCCACAGUUAUCCCGAAAAUGGAAAAGGAAACAAAGCAAGAGAUCGAAGAGCCUAAGAAAGAAAAUGAUGUACCAACAACUACAACUCGGAUAAAAACUGAAUGUCCUGAAGUUGAGGAGAAUGAGGAGGAUUUGUGGAACGAUCUAAAUACUAUAACUGAAAUCUUAGAAAAUGAAGAAAUGCUUAGGGUUAAGACAGAGAUAGUUGAUAACGAUGAGAAUGAGGACAAUCUUGCAGCACCGCCGCCACCUCCCAUAUCCUUGGGUGAAAUCCAUGAUGAAUUCGCUUUGUUUACGCGGCGCAUGAGAACGACUAGCGAAAGUGAAAUGAAACAGGAAGAAAACUCCAAGAAAAUAAACUCUAAAGUAACAAAAUCAAAGAAGGAUCAAAAUCCAUUCAGAUCAAUAUCAAAAACCGAUGAAAAAUCCUCCAAAUCAAUAUCAAAAACCGAUGAAAAAUCCUCCAAAUCAAUAUCAAAAACCGAUGAAAAAUCCUCCAAAUCAAUAUCCAAAACCGAUGAAAAAUCCUCCAAAUCAAUAUCCAAAACCGAUGAAAAAUCCUCCAAAUCAAUAUCCAAAACUGAUGAAAAAUCCUCCAAACCAAUAUCCAAAACCGAUGAAAAAUCCUCCAAAUCAAUAUCCAAAACCGAUGAAAAAUCCUCCAAAUCAAAAAGGAAACCCGAACAAAAGUCUUCCAAAUCAAAAUCGGAUCACAUCUCAAGACAUGUCACACGAGAGACCGAGAGGCGUUCACCUAGACAAAGAUCUCGGAGAGACAGGAAAGUAUCCAGGUCAAGGUCAAGAGAACGUAAGCCACAUCGAAACGAAAACUCCAGUUCAAGGCAUUACAGAAAGUCAGUUUCACCCAGAGCAAGAAAUGAAACUGUCUCAAGAAUUGGCAGAAGAGUCUCUAGAUCAAAAUCAAGGGAACUAAUAUCCCAUAGACGUAGAACUUAUUCGAGAGAAACCUCCAUGAAUCUCAGCAAAAAACGUCAUCGUCGACGUUCAAGAAGUCGUUCCAGAAGUCGUUCAAGAAGUCGUUCGAGAAGUCGUUCGAAUCGUGCCAUACGACGAUCAAGAUCUCGAUCUUUAUCUAGAUAUAGAUAUUCACCAAAGAGACGUAGAAGUGACACAUUCAGUCCCAUACGACGUAGACCACCGCUAAGCGAACGUUUGGAUUCCCCAAAACCGAAUCCGAACCCGAAUCUGAAUCUAACGCCUUCUCAUUCACAUCCUUCUGCAUUCACCAAUGCGCCUUCUACUAUCAAUUAUCAAUUACCCAUCCAUGCAGCUACGAAUCCAAUUCCAACAGUUCCUCCGACUCAUUAUCCAAUGACACAUGGGUCAAUGCAAUACUCUCACACUACUACCUAUAGUACACAAUAUUAUCAAGCCAAUCAAAUGGCUCCUUUACCUGUAUGUGGUGUCUACAAACAGCCAUUGUUACCUGCACCUGCACCUGCACCUGCUCUACCUGAGAUACAUCGUCCCUAUGACCUGCGAUAUCGUUUGGGUCCUCCGCCAUCGCUGCCAUCUCGUUAUUUGACCGACCAUGAUCUGCGACAUCGUAUACGUGGACGUCCCGAAUUCUAUGGAUUACAGGAGCCAAUGUAUCCCAAUUAUGUGGACUACUAUCCUCCUCCAUAUAUGGCGGAACCUAAUCAUUAUGGCAGCUACCACAAUCUCCCACCAAAUGUGCACUAUUAAAUUAAGUUUUUACAUACAUAUAUUGAAACUAUUUUUGCCAUAUUUUCUAAUCCUCUUAUUCUUUGGGUUUUCUUUGUUUAAAUAAAUACAAAAUAAAAUGGGAAA